AUGACCAACACAUAGUACGAAAGUAUCAUUAUCAUUCCACUAUAAUAAACGAUAAAACUAAAGUUUGAAGUUUAGAGAGUCGAGAAGAAACUGAAAGAAUGGCAUCAGCUCAAGAGAGAAGGUCGGACUUGGACGCCAAGGCCAAAGAAGGGGAGACCGUCGUGCCUGGUGGCACAGGGGGCAAAAGCCUGGAAGCACAAGAGCAUCUUGCUGAAGGAAGGAGCAAGGGAGGGCAGACUCGAAAGGAGCAGCUGGGGACCGAAGGGUACAAGGAGAUGGGCACCAAGGGCGGUGAGACUCGGAAGGAGCAGCUGGGGACCGAAGGGUACAAGGAGAUGGGCAGCAAGGGAGGCGAGGCUCGGAAGGAGCAGCUGGGCACCGAAGGGUACAAGGAGAUGGGAAGUAAGGGUGGGGAGACUCGUAAGGAGCAGAUGGGGAGUGAAGGGUACCAUGAAAUGGGACGUAAAGGUGGUCUGAGUACUAAAGACAAGUCUAGUCAAGAGCGUGUUGAGGAAGAAGGUAUCGAGAUCGAUGAGUCCAAAUAUCGAACCAAGACCUGAGCAUAUAUAGCAGUGUGUGCUCAUGACGUGCAUUAUAUGUCCAACAGUAGUACUAGCAGUGUGUGCUUAUGACAAGUAUUAUAUAUGUAUCCAGUAGUAGUAGUUUUUGUAAAUAUGCUGGGUUCGGGUGGUUUUGGUGUAGAAGGAAGGUAUUAGGUUUUGCACGGUGUACCUUUUUGAUGAUGUUGGUAGGUGGUGCACUUGUAGUGUUCAACUAAUGAAAUAUCGGAUAUGUUUAUGUA